AUGUCUGAAGCCGUCAGUGCACCAAAGCAGUAUAAGCAGCCUUCUCGCAAAGGCAAGAAGGCCUGGCGCAAAAAUGUCGAUAUCGAUGAGGUUCAGGAAGGCCUUCGGGUUCUGAAGGAAGAAGAGAUUAAAGGUGGUCUUCUUUCUGAGAAGCCGUCCGAUGAGCUGUUCGUUAUCGACACCAAGGGUUCAUCAGAAAUCCGUGAAGCGUACAAGAAGAAGCACAAGCCUUUGAAGUCGGAAGAAAUCUUGGCGCAACGCUCCGCUAUCCCAGGUCUCGACACUCGCAAGCGCACGAACUCCAAGGUUACCGACGGUGUUAUCGAACCGACAAACAAGCGUCAAAAGAGCGACUGGGUUACGAGGAAAGACUGGUUGCGUUUGAAGCAGGUGGCUAAGGAAGGGAACCCGGUCAACAAGCCCGCUGAAAAUGACCUUUACGACCCUUGGGGAGAUGCAGAGGAUCCCACUCCCUUGGACGAUCCCCAGUUCGACUUCCUGGAGAAACCGAAGCCCAAGGUAGAGCCGGUUACCUUGAAGCAGGCUCCGAUCUCACUCGCCGCAAAUGGCAAGCCGGUUCCUGCGGUCCGCAAGCCUACUGCCGGAAUCAGUUAUAACCCGACGUUCGAGGACUGGGAUCGCCUGCUACAGGAGCAGGGAGAGAAGGCCGUCGAAGCUGAGAAGAAGCGUUUGGAGGAAGAGCGUAAAGAAGAGGAAAGGCAGCGCUUAAUCGCCGAAGCCCAAGACGAUGAUGGUAUGGUGAAGUCCGAUGAUGAGAGCGCGUGGGAAGGAUUUGAAAGCGAAUAUGAGAAGCCGGACUGGCUGAAUAAGAAGCGUCCGGAGCGGAAGACAAAGGCACAGAGGAACAAGAUAAAGAGACGCAAGGAAGCAGAGAGGCAGGCCAGGUGGGAAGAGCAGAUGAAGAAGAAGGAAGAGCAGGCCGCAAAGGCUAAGGAGGCCGCCGAACUUGUGGAGGCACAGGAGCUUGCUCGUGCCGAGGAAUCUGAGGACAGUUCUUCGGAAGAGGGUGAUGAUACCGUUUUGCGUCGGAAACCGCUUGGUGGAAAGCUAUACGCUCCUGAGAAGCCUCUGGAGGUUGUGUUGCCAGAUGAGUUGCAGGAUUCUCUGCGUCUGCUCAAGCCCGAGGGCAACCUGCUGGACGACCGAUUCCGCACUUUGGUUGUCCAAGGAAAGCUGGAGUCUCGCAAGCCGGUUACGCAGGCAAAGAAGGCAAAGAGAGACGUGACAGUGAAGUGGUCUCACAAGGACUUCAAGGUUCCGGGUCUGUAA